AUGUCAUACCUUGAUCCUUCCCAAGCUACUGCUACUUUGGCUACCUACAAGGAGCGUGAUGGUUUGUCUGUUGACCAAUUGUUGGAUCCUCAACUGAGCGGUGGCUUGACCUACAAUGAUUUCUUGGUCCUCCCUGGUUAUGUUGACUUUCCCGCAAGCCAGGCUUCAUUGUCUACCAAGAUCACCAAGAACAUCACCUUGAACUCCCCAUUGAUGUCUUCUCCCAUGGAUACUGUCACUGAGACCGAGAUGGCAAUUGCUAUGGCUCUUUUGGGUGGUAUUGGUAUUAUCCAUAACAAUUGCCCUCCUGAGGAACAAGCUGCUAUGGUCCAAAAGGUCAAGAAGUUCGAGAAUGGCUUCAUCACUGAUCCUGUUGUCUUGUCUCCCAACCACACUGUUGCUGAUGUCAAGGAGAUCAAGGAAAAGUCGGGUUUUUGCGGUAUUCCCAUUACAGAAAAUGGUCAAUUGCAAAGCAAGCUUGUUGGUAUUGUCACUGCUCGUGAUAUCCAAUUCCACACCGAUGACUCCUCUCCUCUCAAGGAUAUUAUGACCAAGGAUCUUGUUGUUGCCAAGACUGGUGUGACUCUUGCUCAAGCCAACGAGAUUUUGAAGGAUUCCAAAAAGGGCAAGCUUCCUAUUGUCGAUGAGAAUGGUGCUCUUGUUGCCUUGUUGUCCCGCUCCGAUUUGCUCAAGAACCAAGAAUACCCAUUGGCUUCCAAGAAGCCUCAAUCCAAGCAAUUGUUGGUGGGUGCUGCUGUUGGUACUCGUCCCGAUGAUAAGGAUCGUCUUGCUCUUUUGGUUGAAGCUGGCCUUGAUGUUGUCGUCCUUGACUCUUCCCAAGGCAACUCCAUCUACCAAAUUGAGAUGCUCAAGUGGGUCAAGCAAACUUAUCCUCAACUCGAAGUGAUUGCUGGCAACGUUGUUACUCGUGAGCAAGCUGCCAACCUUAUCGCUGCUGGUGCUGAUGGUCUUCGUAUUGGUAUGGGUUCUGGUUCCAUCUGUAUCACUCAAGAAGUCAUGGCUUGUGGUCGUCCUCAAGCUACCGCUGUGCGUCGUGUCUCUGAAUUUGCUGCCCGCUUUGGUGUUCCUACCAUUGCCGAUGGUGGUAUUGGUAACGUCGGCCACAUUGUCAAGGCUAUUGCUCUUGGUGCCUCUGCUGUCAUGAUGGGUGGUCUUUUGGCUGGUACUACUGAAGCUCCCGGUGAAUACUUUUACCAUGAAGGUCAACGUCUCAAGCGUUACCGUGGUAUGGGUUCCAUUGAUGCUAUGAGCAACAAGGGUGGUAAGGAUGGUAAUGCUGCUACCAAGCGUUACUUUAGCGAAGGUGAUACCGUCAAGGUGGCUCAAGGUGUUGUUGGCAAUGUCGUUGACAAGGGCUCUGUUCGCAAGUUUGUUCCUUACCUCAUCACUGGUCUUCAACACUCGCUUCAAGAUAUGGGUGUUCGUAGCAUCAAUGAGUUGCAAACCAAGGUCACUGAAGGUGUUGUUCGUUUCGAAAAGCGUACUGCCUCUGCCCAAAUGGAAGGUGGUGUCCACGGCUUGCACAGCUACGAAAAGAAGCUCUUCCAAUAA